CGGAGCCGGGGCGCCGCGGGCCCGGCUACCGCCUACCUUGUUGUGCCAGCGGAUGACGUUGCCGAAGCCGCCGGUGCCGAGGCGCUCCCGCAUCUCCCAGGGCCCGCAGCAUCUCCAAGAUCUGCCAAUCCGGAACGCACCAUUUGCUUUUCCCACCGCACCGCCCGUGCCGAAGCGCUAUUCUGGUUUAACAUCGGGUUUGGCUAUUUCUUCCUUCUGGGCUGUCUGGCGUCACAUACUUUAAUACCACUGCAAAGACGCACAACAGUACGGGAGUGGAAGCUGCUCUCCAAGAUCUGCCAGAACUCCAGUAGCCUGCGCUGGACCUGCCAAAGCCACCGGCCAGAGAGGGUCCUGUCGGGGUGACAUGGGCCUACUGUGGGAUGUCAUGCUGUCACACUUCGUCACUGCCAUUAAACAGUCCUGCUGAAAUUAUCCCGAGGAUCAACUUAGAAAAAAUCCAGUAGAUAGUGCUUGAGAGAGCAGACACUUUAUUGCUGGCUUUCCUAAAAUAUGUUAAGCCCUACAAUGGCACCGCAGUCUGUAGACAAUUAUAGUUGUCCUUAAGCUGUGAAAAGCCAGGAAAUAAUUUCUGAAAUCUUCCCCCAUGGCCAUCAGUUUGUUAGCAUCUUUAAUCUAGAAAUCAAAUGGCUAUUAUCUUAAAAAAUAAAAUAAAUUAGCCCCUGCUCUCUCAGCAGUGUUCAAGCUCAACAACUGGAAGUCCCUUCCAGAAACAGUCAAAUGCAGCUACACUUAAAUCAGAUUUAUGGCAGUAAUGUUAUCACUAGCACUGUGACUCUUGGAGAAAUAAAUUUUAUAAUCUUGACAUAGAUCUCCAUGCAGAUAGAGUACCAGUGUUUCAUCUUUACCAUUAUGCAAAAUAACCAGUGCUGUGUUUUCCAAACUAGAUCUCCAUGCAGCUGCUUCUGAAAAUAGAAGUCCCUCACAUACUGGUUCUUACAUCUUAUACUAAAUUCUGUCAGGAGCUUGAUUGCUAGUGUGUCAGUUCCAAGCAGGUACGACACAUUCAUCACUGUAACAAUUGCAGCAAUGACUGUUUUCAUAACAGUGCCCUAAGAUCAGCUCUAAAACUUAUCAUCACAUUUGUCUGCCACACUUAGAUAACUGAAUACCUCAUGACCACAUUCUGGGCUCCCUCCCUGACAAUGCGGACGCCAGCCGCCUGCCUGGACCAUCCCCUAGAUGCUCGGGAAGGGGUGGGAUGCGGACGGCACGCCCCAUGGCCCAGCUCCAUCAGCACGCUCCACCCCCUUGAGUGGCGCUACAAGUAGGACAGAGAGAUCAGAGCAGAGACACAGGAAACACAAACCCACACUGGUCUGGAAAGAAAAUCAUCAAGACAAUACAGAAGAGAAAAGCAAAAAGAUAAUUUGAAAUUUGGAACUGAUGUGGAAAACACUCAAAAUGGAAGGCAAACUCCCAUGUCUCCUUCUGCUGGUGGGAGCAAUCAUGACUUCCCAGUGCCAGGGCUUACACAUGCGUUUCAAACGAGGAGCCAGAUCUAGAGCCGUUUGCACAGAUAAUUCAUCCACAGAAAUUUAUCAACACAGGGGGACCUGGCUGAGGCUUUCAGGGAGCAGAAUAGAAUACUGUAGGUGCAACAGUGGUCGGAGUCGUUGUCACACUGUGCCUGUCAGAGUCUGCACUAGAAAUAAAUGCUACAAUGGGGGCCAAUGUUCACAGGCAUAUUAUUCCCCACAGCUCUUCAUCUGCCAGUGCCACCAAGGUUUCUCAGGGAAGCAGUGUGAAAUAGAUACUGAAGUUAAAUGCUACAAAGACGCUGGAGUAACAUAUAGGGGUACCUGGAGCAUGACAGAGAGUGGAACUGAAUGUUUAAAUUGGAAUAGCGAUGGCUUGGUGAACUGGAUGUACAGUGGCCAAAGAGAGGAUGCUGCUGAGCUGGGAUUGGGCAAUCACAACUAUUGCAGAAACCCAGAUGAGGAUUCCAGACCUUGGUGCUAUGUCUACAAAGGGGGAAGGUACACCUGGGAACACUGCAGUGUGCCCUCCUGUUCAAAAGUUAGGAACAUCAACUGCAGAUCUGGAAGAGGCACAGAUUAUCGCGGCAGCCACAGUGUUACCAGUUCUGGAGCUACCUGUUUGAAGUGGAAUUCUCGAAUCCUUGUCAACAAGCUGUAUACUGCUUGGAGAAGAGACGCUUAUCAGAUAGGCCUUGGUAGUCACAAUUUCUGCAGGAAUCCUGAUAAUGACAGUAAGCCCUGGUGCCAUGUCCUGAAAGGAAAUCAGCUCACAUGGGAGUACUGCAAUGUGCCUACUUGCUCCACCUGUGGCUUACGGCAGCGCAGAGUACGCCGGUACAGGAUUAAAGGUGGCUCCUACACAGACAUUGCGGCUCACCCGUGGCAAGCUGCCAUCUUUGUGAAGUAUCACCGAGUGCCUGGAGAGCACUUCCUCUGUGGAGGAAUUCUGAUCAGCUCCUGCUGGGUUUUGUCAGCUGCUCAUUGUUUUGAGGAAGGCUUUAGUACAAAUCAGCUGAAGAUUGUGCUGGGCAGGACUUCCCGAGCAACUCCCGAGGAAAAUGAACAGAAGUUUCAAGUGAAGAACUACACUGUACAUCAGAGAUUUGACUCAGAAAAUUUCAACAACGAUAUUGCUCUGUUGCAGUUGAACUCAGAUGCAGAAGACUGUGCUGUUGAAACAGGCACUGUCCGCACAGCCUGCCUCCCCACGCCAGAGCUGCAGCUGCCUGACUGGACUGAAUGUGAGAUCUCUGGUUAUGGCAGAAAUGAAGAAUUUUCUCCAUUCUAUUCAGAGAACCUGAAGGAAGGCCAUGUCAGAUUGUUCCCAGCCAGUCGGUGCACAGCACAGUAUCUAGACAACCGGACAGUUACAGACAAUAUGCUAUGUGCAGGAGACACAAGGAACCUUGAUGAUGCCUGCAAGGGCGACUCUGGAGGGCCUCUGGUCUGUAUGAAGGAUGAUCGUAUGUAUCUGAUUGGAAUCAUCAGCUGGGGAAUAGGCUGCGGCCGCAAAGACAUACCUGGUGUUUAUACAAAUGUGACUCGUUAUCUUGACUGGAUUCAGGACACCAUGAAACUCUGAGAAAGAAAAAUGAACCCUUUCCAAUCUGGUGACCGUGCCCUCACAGCUUCCUUCUGGGUGCUUUAAGUGUGCUGACAGGGCUUCCUGUUUGUCCAGAUGCUUAUGACUUCUAGUACAACAGGAAAACAAACUGCAUUGUGUGGGAAGGGCAUGUUCUCAUAAUACUCUCCCAAUUACAGGUUAUUAUAAGUUAAUCAUCCUUUUCCCCAUCAUCACUAAACAUUCAUCUUGCAUCAAAGCACAUAAGUACAAUAAAAAAAUAUUUCUGGUCGUGAAUGAGUAAAACAAGAGAGAUCAUGCAUCUCUUUAGCAGCUAAAUUGUUUUAGGAAUGGGUGUGAACUGAAGGGGACAUUUUAUUUCCUGAAAGCUUCAUCUCCCUCCUUCCUUGGCUGUACAACUGGAAGACAUUAAGCUCUGUCCUUAUACCAUCUGACUUUGCUAAUUUAAGUUGGUUUCAAUAGAAGCUGGUUCCCAACAGAAAAAACAGAAGCUGUAGGCAUGGGCUGUUAUUUCCAGAUUAAUAUACUACUUAUGUCUUCAGUUUGGAACCGAUUAAUUAACUGAGUUUGAGCUUAAACUCUCUGAGCAAAUUCAGGAUGGCUUGGUUAUUAGCACAUUUUAUUCUUUCACUUGGUUUUGUUCCUGGUAAUGGAAUAGGUAAAAAUUUUAACACUGGCUUGAUCUGCCACAGAAUCAAUGCAUAUUUUUGACUAUUAAAUUGCUGUGCAUUAUCAUCUGAUAUGAAGAAAAAGCUUUCUCUCCUGUGCAGCAGUGCAAAACAAAGGACAAGUCUAUUGGUAGCUGUUUUAAGUGCCUGCUAAAUUCCAUCCACAAGUAAAGGCCAAAUCAGGUAUCACAAGGCUGUGUUUGUUCUUUAACAGAACACAGGACAGAUACAACCAAGUCACCAUGAGCCAGAAUUUCAGUAAUCAGCAUUAUUUCCUUGCACUGCAGCUGCCACAUGACACUAAGUGCCAUCUAUGCACAUCCUAAGAGUGAAACCUCUGAGAGCUUCUCUUUUGUCCCAUUGUUUUGUAAACAGGUGUAACUACCAUUUUACAAAAGGAAAACAUUGUAUCGAGGGUACAAAAUUAAUUUGGUUUUAUCAUAAAUCAGUAGCUAGAAAACUACCCUGUUGUAUUUGGGAAAGUCAAAACAUUGUAACUCAAAAUAUUUACUCUCUCAGUUUUUAAGAGCUCUCUGAUAACCUACUAGUGUAACAGCUAUUCAGAUAAAGAAUCUAAGCAGGUAUAGAAGAGCAAUUUGGUGAGAUGGCCAUUACAGCCGCUCAAAAAAUGUAACUGAACCUCACCUGACACAGAUCUCUUUUAGAAAAAUAGAACCUACAAAAAUGUAAGCUACAGAUAACAGUUUUACCUCACAGCUAUUACCAAUUCUUGGAAAAUACCGUUAAAUGAAGUACCCAAAUUGACAAAGAAUGCUAGAGAAGCCCUAGCUGCCAUCUCUGCACUUGUUCCUUCCUUUCAUCCCGGUCUGUCUUCCGAGACAUCUUCUCUGUACUGACUAAAAGAAUGGCCCAGAAUCAACCCCAAAUUUUUACAAAUGCUUCCUUAUCCUUUAUUUUUUAAUAGAUCCUUAAUCUGGGAGAUUUACCAAAUCCUUGUCCAAUACCUAGCAUCUAGUAUUCUCUAGCUGUGGAGUUGUGUUUUUUAUGUUUUAUUACAUUUGUAUUAUGUAUAGGUUUGUUCCAUGUACCCCCGGUUCUGUAACGGUUUUCCCCGGGUUUUCCCGUCUUUCCCCGCGUGUCCGUUAUCCCCAAAAAUGCCAAGUCAUCCCCCUGUUUACCCCAGAUGCCUGUCUGUCACUCGGUGUCCCUUCCCCUCCACCUAGAAUCUUCCACCCGGGACGCCGGGUGAUUGGUAAAGGACCUGGGACCCUUCCCCUGUCUGUCCUUCAUUGGAUGUACCCCGUAUCCCACCACCCUCGAACCCCCCGCGGUUUUACCCCAUUGGCUGCUCCGUUUUCCCCCAUUCCAUAUGUAGUUCGUUCGCGCGGCUCGUUCCGGGCUUUCUUCUGGCUGGCUCCAGCGCGCGCCGCCCCACCCAUGCCGCUCCGGCAAACGCAGGUGCGGCUCGCCUGGUCCCCUUCGAAUUACUGUAUUCCCCGCUGGAUUACAAUAAACGGAAUUUGCCCCCA